CGCCGCCGCUGCCGCCGCCGCUGCCGCCGCCGCCGCCGCCGCGCCAAGUGGAGGAGGAGGAGGAGGAGGCGAGGAGGAGAGACUGUGAAAACUCCUUUGUGUGCUGUUAGAGCAGUUCCUUGCAGCUUUGACUGCUGGAAGCAGAAGAGAGACUUUUGCCUCUGGAUUUGGUUGUGUUCUUUUUGAGGCUCCAUAAAAAUACAGACUCACCAGUUCCUGCUUUGAUGUGACAUGUGACUCCCCAGAAUACACCUUGCUUCUGUAGACCAGCUCCAACAGGAUUCCAUGGUAGCUGGGAUGUUAGGGCUCAGGGAGGAAAAGUCAGAAGACCAGGAUCUCCAGGGCCUCAAAGAAAAGCCCCUGAAGUUUAAGAAGGUGAAGAAAGACAAGAAGGAAGACAAAGAGGGCAAACAUGAGCCACUACAGCCUUCAGCCCACCAUUCUGCAGAGCCAGCAGAGGCAGGCAAAGCAGAGACAUCAGAAAGCUCAGGCUCUGCCCCAGCAGUGCCAGAAGCCUCUGCUUCCCCCAAACAGCGGCGUUCCAUCAUUCGUGACCGGGGACCUAUGUAUGAUGACCCCACCUUGCCUGAAGGUUGGACACGAAAGCUUAAACAAAGGAAGUCUGGCCGCUCUGCUGGAAAGUAUGAUGUAUAUUUGAUCAAUCCCCAGGGAAAAGCCUUCCGCUCUAAAGUAGAAUUGAUUGCAUACUUUGAAAAGGUGGGAGACACCUCCUUGGACCCUAAUGACUUUGACUUCACGGUAACUGGGAGAGGGAGCCCCUCCAGGAGAGAGCAGAAACCACCUAAGAAGCCCAAAUCUCCCAAAGCUCCAGGAACUGGCAGGGGUCGAGGACGCCCCAAAGGGAGCGGCACUGGGAGACCAAAGGCAGCAGCAUCAGAAGGUGUUCAGGUGAAAAGGGUCCUGGAGAAGAGCCCUGGGAAACUUCUCGUCAAGAUGCCUUUCCAAGCAUCACCUGGGGGUAAGGGUGAGGGAGGUGGGGCUACCACAUCUGCCCAGGUCAUGGUGAUCAAACGCCCUGGCAGAAAGCGAAAAGCUGAAGCUGACCCUCAGGCCAUUCCUAAGAAAAGGGGUAGAAAGCCUGGGAGUGUGGUGGCAGCUGCUGCCGCUGAGGCCAAAAAGAAAGCCGUGAAGGAGUCUUCCAUACGGUCUGUGCAUGAGACUGUGCUCCCCAUCAAGAAGCGCAAGACCCGGGAGACGGUCAGCAUUGAGGUCAAGGAAGUGGUGAAGCCCCUGCUGGUGUCCACCAUUGGUGAGAAGAGUGGAAAGGGACUGAAGACCUGCAAGAGCCCUGGGCGUAAAAGCAAGGAGAGCAGCCCCAAGGGGCGCAGCAGCAGUGCCUCCUCACCACCUAAGAAGGAGCAUCAUCAUCACCACCAUCACUCAGAGUCCCCAAAGGCCCCCAUGCCACUGCUCCCACCUCCACCCCCACCCGAGCCUGAGAGCUCUGAGGACCCCAUCAGCCCCCCUGAGCCUCAGGACUUGAGCAGCAGCAUCUGCAAAGAAGAGAAGAUGCCCCGAGGAGGCUCACUGGAGAGUGAUGGCUGCCCCAAGGAGCCAGCUAAGACUCAGCCCAUGGUUGCAGCCGCCGCCACCACCACCACCACCACCACCACCACAGUUGCAGAAAAGUACAAACACCGAGGGGAGGGAGAGCGCAAAGACAUUGUUUCAUCCUCCAUGCCAAGGCCAAACAGAGAGGAGCCUGUGGACAGCCGGACGCCCGUGACCGAGAGAGUUAGCUGACUUUACAUAGAGCAGAUUGCAAAGCAAACCAACAAGAAUAAAGGCAGCUGUUGUCUCUUCUCCUUAUGGGUAGGGCUCUGACAAAGCUUCCCGAUUAACUGAAAUAAAAAAUAUUUUUUUUUCUUUCAGUAAACUUAGAGUUUCGUGGCUUCGGGGUGGGAGUAGUUGGAGCAUUGGGAUGUUUUUCUUACCUACAAGCACAGUCAGGUUGAAGACCUAACCAGGGCCAGAAGUAGCUUUGCACUUUUCUAAACUAGGCUCCUUCAACAAGGCUUGCUGCAGAUACUACUGACCAGACAAGCUGUUGACCAGGCACUCCCCUCCCCAACAAUCCCAUCCCAUCCCUCAACCCCCCACCCCACCCCUGUGUGUGCUUAUUAGAGAGGGCAAUUGAGAGGACACUCCCAUUUUUGGUGCCAUUGAUGCCCUGUCCAUAGCUUUCCUGACUUUUACACCACCCCAACUCCCAAUCUGGGACUGGGAGGUGUGAUGCAGGAAAAACUAUAGGACUCUUGGGAGAAGUCUAUGGAGUUCGCCAGUGAUUAAGGCCCAGUAAUUCCAACUGUGGAAGCACAAGUCUGGCUCCACACCAACCCAAUCCAAAACUAACAAGGAUAUUUUGAAGAGGAAAGUGGCACCUGUCUGAUCCAGCUCUGGCAUGGCUAGAGGUGAAUCCUAAACUGCUGGCUUAUAAAACUAGCCUGAGCCACAGAAGAGGAUGGCCCAGAGUGAAGUGUCAUCACCUGUUCACAAGGCAUAUUCCUCUAGAAGAUAAUGCUAAUGAGGUGCCAUGGAGGCAGCAGAACAAAGUACAGGCAGGCUAGGUGGAGUCAAGCCAGGCCUAGUGCCACAGAACAAGAGAGCAGUCUGUGACUAGUAAUUAAGGGGGAAGAAAGGAAAAUAUUCUUCCAAUUACUUUCCAGUUCUCCUUUAGGGACAGCUUAGAAUUAUUUGCACUAUUGAGUCUUCAUGUUCCCACUUCAAAACAAACAGAUGCUCUGAAAGCAAACUGGCUUGAAAUGGUGACACUGUCCCACAAGCCACCAGACAUGGCAGUGUUCAGAACUACCUGUAUCUGUAUAUACCUGCGCUUGUUUUAAAGUGGGCUCAGCACAUAGGGUUCCCACGAAGCUCCGAAACUCUAAGUGUUUUCUGCAAUUUUAUAAGGACUUCCUGAUUGCUUUCUCUUUUGUCCUUUCAUUUCUUCCUUCCAUUUCAUGCUUUCAUUUCUUCCCCUAGCUUCUAGUUGUUUCUUCUGUUCCAGGAAGCUGCAGUACUGAACCACAUGGUUACCUGACAGCAGUCAGCUGCAGCUCUAGGAUUCUUCCUGCCCUUUAACUUCCCAUUGACAGUGCCAGGUAUCAUGUUUAACCUUGAGCAAGUGCUGGGCUCUUCUGAGCCCUCCCUAGCCUCUGUGAAGGAGGGAAAAUGUCAAAAGGCUUUCAGACCCUAAACAUGAGCCUUUUCACCUUCUACUCUAGAAAAGUGGACUAGAGAAUCUGGGUCUCAUGUGGUACCUGAAGGAGAUACAGAGGCCCCUAUGGCCUGCCAGAAUCAUUGCAUGGCCCAACAGGGGCUCCAUGUCCACUACCCUCGACACUACUCAGAAGUCUAAUGUCAAACUUAGUGUGGGCAGGGGACCUAUCAGGACAGAUGCAGACCUAAGCAGGGAGUGACACCAGGGCCCCUAGCCCUUCUUCUGACAAACAUGCCUACCCCAAGUCUUUUUCUAGUGGAAUUCUUAACCUCUUGCUCACUGGGGACUGGGCAGCAUCAGCACAUCCCAUAUUUCAACCUCUGCUCCAUAAGUAUAGUGGUGAAUUUUAUAGACUUGACUUUGCUGUGGGGUUUUAAUUGGUCAGUUUUCAUUUGGGAUCCCAAAGUUUUAACCACUGUUCAGGAAGUCCUUAUCUAGCUGCAUAUCUUCAUCAUAUUGGUAUAUCCUUUUCUGUGUUUACAGAGAUGUCUCAUACCUAUCGAAAUCUGUCUGACUGAGAAGUACCUUAUCAAAGUAGCAAAUGAGACAGCAGUCUUAUGCUUCCAGAAACACCCACAGGCACAUCCCAUGUGAGCUGCUGCCAUGAACUGUCAAGUGUGUAUUGUCUUGUGUAUUUUCGUUAACGUUCCCCAGCUUCCUUCAUGUGGUGUAAUCAUGGAAGAGUGAAACAUCAUAGAAAUCGUCGAGCACUUCCUGGCCAGUCUUUAGUGAUCAGGAACCGUAGUUGACAGUUCCAGUUGAUAGCUUAAGAUAAAAUCAUGUUUGUCUUUUAUGGAAUGGUUAGAAUUAAGUGAGAGAUCUUGCCCCAUUCUGUUUGUCGAAUCAUAGUUGGACUUUCUAGCGUAUUUGUAUCCAUUUCCUUGUGCUAUAAAAGCAAACCCUGCAACCAGCUUUCUGUCAGGCAGUCCUUUUGCCUGCUCUGCUUUUGAUCCUCUUAAUCUUGCUUCUGGUUCCUUCCUGGAGGGGGAGGAGGGGGAGAAAGAGGAACUCUGGAGGGUCCAGGAUAUGUCCUUCUGAACUCCUGCUUCUUCCAGUGACAAAAGACCCCUACUGCUCCACCCCAACCCAUGCACUCCUCAAGGACACCUUUCCAUACCCUUACAGCACCUAGCCAGGUUGACACCAAGUUGUUUAUUGUGGUUCACUUGGGAUUUUGCCUAUUAUGCUUACUUAGGCCAAUAAAAUGGACUACUAAGUUGGAAAACAACCUAGGCUGAUUAGACAUUUACAGUUGGGAUUGCAGCACUUUGGGUGCCAUUUUUUAAAAUUUGGGCUUUAUCUGUAGCUCCCUCACUCCCCCACUUUCCUGUAUGUAGAACUGAUUUCAAAACUGUGGGUAGUGAUACUUGCAGCUCCUUAGGGUUUUCUUCAUUUCCUGCUUCUUCCCCCAUUCACUCAUCCACAAAUAAGGGCAUCACAAGUCAGUCUCCUUUAAGCAGGCAGAUUUGGUAGGUUUUUUUUCCCCUGGAAGCCAGGGACCCUAUAUAGCUAGUUGUCAGGCUGCCUCUGCCUUGCAGUCAGGUUGACAGGAGGUUGGAAGGAAAAGCCUUAAGUCAUGGGAUUCUCACCAGCUGUGUCUGGCUCAGACCUGGAGUUGUGACAUUUAUUUUGUUGUGUUUGAACAUUGUAAAGUAUGGGUGGUAUCUUAAAUUGAAUAUGGGAAGAAUACAGAAACUGACCAACAGCUUUCAGAUAACUGGGGCUAGGUCACUAAGGUCACAUCCAGUCUUCCCUACCCUGUUCUAGUUGUUAGUUACUACCUCUCCCACAUAGAUUGCUGUAUAUCCUCCAAUUAUGAUCAUCCUGGCCCAAGCUUGCCUGUUCUUGAGUCUGUCUUAACCAGUGGAACUGCUGCCCUUGGUGUGCAGUGAGUUGAGGACUCUUGGUCACAGCCAGGCUCUGGUAGUACAGCUCCUUUCUGCUGGUGCUGUAUUUCCAUAUCAAAAGGCACAGGGGAGAUCUUGAAAUACCAUCUCCCUGAGUCCAUCAGUGCCAAACAAGCCCAUGAUCCCAGCAUGGGUACAGACAACUCUGUUCAGUGCUAUCACAACAGACUAGAGGCCAUGAACAAUGGACGUGGAAACCAGAGCAACCCAAAUUGCCGCUGCUUCACUCAGCUUUAUGUUGCUCUGACAGUGAUAAAACAAGGCAGUAACCAGAAACAGACUGCCAGGUUUGGCAGGGAAAGGAAUUUCCUUAGCUGGCAGGACCUCUGGAUUUUAAAUAAGUUGUAAUAAGUGGCUCAAACCCAUCCAGGAAAAAGCAAAAGGGUUGGACCAGAUGAGACCAGCCAGAUUUCAUGCAGCCCAAGUGGAGUCCUAACUGUCUGAACUCUGCAGCACUUCUCUAACUACAGUCUCCUAGAGCAUUCCAGCUCUUCAGGCUGAGGAGACAUCACAGGUGCCAGUUCUUCAAGAAGACCUUUGUGCAUCAGUUCAUAAGCCUAUAUCUUUGCCCCAGAUUGUUUUGUUGAUUCAGGUUAACACUACAGAUUCUAGGGCAGAUGCCUGAGACUCGGAAAAAAGGCAGUUUCUAAAGCCCCUCCUGUGGACUGUGGUAUAGCAAAGUCCAAAAAUUGAAGGGGGCUACUAGGGCAGAUGCAGAAUGCCCCAUGCCUGAGCCAAGCCCCUCUGCUCCAUCCACAUCCUCUUCUGGCUCUUCCUUCCUGCUCUCUGCUUCAGUGAACCAGUCCCACUCUGAAGAGAUUUGUUGAUUCUCUCCAUUUUUAUGUCUUUUUCUUUUAGGUAAUAUAUAGAAAAGGCUUAGUCUAAUUGUAAUAAAUUGCUAGAAUACUGCCUCCCCCAGGGUCUAAAAUUAUAUGCUAAAGGGGAAAACUUUAACAGUGAAACCAGUUCUGAACAGUUUUGAAGGAAAACCUUGAAAACAUUUAAUAAAAAAUUACAUUUUGAUAUUUAUGAACAAGAGGAAGCUUUUGACAAAAAUGUUGAUCUAUAAAUACUUUUGGCCUGAGGUAUCUAAUCAGUGAUCUGAGUAAUGGGAACUCAAGGCUGAAGCUCUUGCAUCAGAGGAGGUAGAACCAGGAGCCUCUUGAGAUUUGAGGAGUUUUAGCAUUGGAAAGCCACUUUUUGGGUAGCUGACCCCAGAAUACCACUUCUGACUUUGUCAUUUGGUGUGGAGGUUAGUGGUCUGCCAGAUGCCAAAGCUGCAUGAGACCAACUCUUGGUGUAUCAAUUUGAACACCCAGUAACAUAGAAGGCCCAGCACAAAGUGUCUGCUCCCUUAUCUUAACUGAGCCUGCCUCAGCACUACUGCACAAAUUAGGGAGGGUCUGCUUCCUACAGAGGCUCCCGUCCCUUUCACUCUACUUAGCCACCUUCAGGAUUUUGGCACAUAUGAAAUGACUUGUGAGGCAAGCACUUUGGCAUGCCCUCCUAAACUUACCCCAGAGCCUCUCCCUGCCUCCUUAAGCCUGCCUGCCUGCCUGCCUUCUAGGAAGGUGUUAGAGCUGUAGAGUGGAGAGGAGAAAGAAGAGAGGAAGAGGCAGGCAGGUAGUGAAAAGACUCUGGGAGGAAAGACAGGCUCCCCAGGCUUUGCACAAGCAGGAAUCAGCCGCUCAUGAGAACUAAGUGCCAUCUUGGAGUUUUAAGAAUAUUUGGACUAUUUGCAAAUGACCUUUGCUCCUCUCACCUUUUAUCAGGCCCUGCUUAGCACUGAAUAAAUUCGGUGAAAAGGCAAAGAGGUUUGUCUCCUGCCCAAUGAUAGUCCUUCUUCCUGCAGUGUUUGUGUGUCAAGUGGCAAAGCUGUUCUUCCUGGUGACUCUGAUUAUACCCAGUAACUUAGAGAUUGUAUGCAUAGGUCUGCUUUGACUCUUCUAUUCUGGGCUUUUGAUUUCUUUUUCAGUUUUGCUUUUAGUUUUCCUGUUUUUAUUUUAUGCACCAACUAGACACAUAAAGCAGUUGAAUUUAUAUAUAUAUCUGUACAUUGCACAAUUAUAAACUCAUUUUGCUUGUGGCGACACACACACACAACCUUUUAAAAUUAUACCUGUUGCUUAAGCUUAAUUACAAUAUUUCUGAUAACCAUAGAGUAGGACGAGGAAAAAUGAAAAAAAAAAUGAAAAAAAAUUCACACAUGUCUGCUGGUCAGUUCUUCAGUCCAAGCAGAUCUGUGGUCUUUCCUUGCUUCUUUCAAAGGCUUCCCUGUGCUAAGUGAAGGAAGCUCCAGACUACCCAGGUUUUGUGCUUUGUUUCUCCUCUGUUGUGAAGGGGAUCCCAUGUACAGGACAGUUCAUUUCAGCAUAGGGUCAGGAGACAAGAGCAUUCCCUUUACAUGCUGAAGUCCAGAACUUAGUAGGCAUAGCCUAGUCCUCACCUCUAGAGAUGAGGAGCUAGCAUGCAUGGGAGUGGCCCAACUCCCUCCACCUUUCCCUGGCCAGGGAGAGCCUCUGUAUAUAGUAAGUCUAGCAGGGUUUCCCGAGUUAGCAGGACUCAGAGCAUUUCAAAACCCUCUAAACUUUGCUGAGUCCAGGGACUAGAGAGGAGAUAGGAGAUUUGAUCUGUCUCCAAACCCUGUAAGCUAUAACAGGUAGAAUGCCAGGGACCCCAGAAUCACAUCCAGCAGCCCAAAGGGUCUCCUCCAGAGAGUAGUAAAGACUCCAGAAACAUCCCUUUCUCUUCUCCCUGCUCCCAAGAGUCUGAUUUUGUAAUGCUUAAUGAGCAAUAUCUGCUAGAAAGUUUAGCUGUAACAGUUCUUUUUGCAAAAGGAUCAUUCUUAAAUAAUUAAAAACACCCCCCCAAAAUUAGUCCAGAACCUUGUUCUUUCAAAGCAGAGAGCAUUAUAAUCAUCAGGGCCAAAAUCUGUCCCACCCCUCUACCCCAUCUCAUCAUUGCUUCUUCUGAGGCCAGAAUACAGCAAAGAUAUUUGUAGGCCCUUUGGGUGGCUGGGUUACCCUUGGAGUUCUUGAAAGAUGGGCUGGGGAAGCCUCUGAAACCCUAUCCGAGGGCCUUGCUCUAAGGAGUAAUCAGUAUUAGUAGAGUGUGACAACAUUAUUCCCCAGGCAGCAUGGGAUGGGGGCAGAAGAGGCCAAAGGGUUGUCUCCACUGCUACUUACUUGGCCACUGACAGGUAGGUGACCAUAUAUGUCCAUAUGCAUGUUUUAUGGCUGAUGUGAAAUCAGCACCCAAGUUAGCUUCACCUGGUGACCUCUAACCCUGUCUGGAUGGAGCAGGCCACCUGGUUCAUUGUUUCUGGGCAGCUGGACAAUGGAGUGCGAAAGGCUUACAGAACUUGAAGCCUUUUCCUUACCUUGCUAGCACGGCCUCCUUUUCCAUUUGAUUUGUCACUGCUUCAAUCAAUAACAGCCGCUCCAGAGUCAGUAGUUGAUGAAUAUAUGACCAAAUAUCACCAGGACUGUUACUCAACGUGUGCCGAGCCCUUUCCUUGUGCUGGGCUCCCUGUGUACCUGGACACUGUAAUGUGUGCUGUGUUUGCUCUCCUUCCUCUUCCUUCCUUGCCCUUUCCUUGUCUUUCUGGGGUUUUUCUGUUGGGUUUGGUUUGGUUUUAUUCUUCCUUUUGUGUUCCAAACAUGAGGUUCUUUCUACUGGUCCUCUUUAACUGUGGUGUUGAGGCUUCUAUUUGUGUAAUUUUUGGUGGUGGGUGAAAGGAACUUUGCUAAGUAAAUCUCUUCUGUGUUUGAAAUGAAGUCUGUAUUGUAACUAUGUUUAAAGUAAUUGUUCCAGAGACAAAUGCUUCUAGGUACAUUUUCAUUACAAACAAAGCAUUCGAAGGGAGGGGAGUGGUGAAUAAGACAAAAGGGACAAUCUAAAGAGAUGAUCCCUGCCCAGAUCAGCCAGAAGCUACCAAAAGUUAAGCAAUGGGUUUCCAUUCCAAGUCAAGAGAUGCAUUGCCAUUUCCAAAGUCAAAGCAAAAUCAGCUUUUCCACCCAGUGGAUUCUCUGCUUCCCCUUCCCAGAUUAUUACUACUAUUGUAAUACUCUAGGAGUGUCAAGAAAGGGGUAUGAAAGCAGAACUGAGCUCACUGAGUAUGGAAAGGAAGGCUUGGCCUGAGUUUUCAGGAGGAUUUCCCACUGUGGACGCAGGGAAAAGACAGAAGAUAAAUUAGCUGCUUCCUGCCUAAGAUACCUAUUAAUAGAUAAACCAAGGCCAUGGGCAUUAUUGUCUACAAGGCAUGUUUCAGAGACAUGACCAGUCAGGACACAUCUGUCACACUCCAUGCUAUCCCUUAGUUCAUAGUACUAAUCUGAUAUCUCUGCUCCCACCAUUCCUGAGGGAUAAAAUGAUAGCAGAGACAUAGCUCCUUCAAUGUGAUCUAAUUCCCAACAAAAUCUGGACAUGAGAUACCAUAUUCUCUUUCUAUGGCAAACAUCUUCAAUAAAUUGUUAUCCUCAUUAUAGAUUGUUCCAGGAGCAUGUAAGAGGAACAGACCUGUGCUCUUGGAGCUUCAUGUGAUGACAGUGCUACCUGUAGUGCUAUGGUAGUUAUUAGCUGGAAGAACCAGACAGGGUGCAUGCCCCCUCAAAAUCCAUGUUGUACUCCCCUCUGCCAGCCAGGGGGUUGCAGGGGGAGAUCUGUAGGAUAGCACAGCCAGUGACAAGCUACCCUAUAUUUGGCACCAGCUCAAAAACCCAUCUAAGGUUGGGAGCAGGCAGACAAGGCAGAGAGAGAUCCAGGACAGAUAUAGCUGGAGGGGUCUUGAAAAGCCCUCUGUCUUAUUCACCUUCAGUUUUUGUGCUUUGGGACAAUUACUUUAGAAAAUAAGUAGGUCGUUUUAAAAACAAUAUAUUGAUUGCUUUUUUGUAGUGUUCAAAACAAAAGGUUCUUUGUGUAUAGCCAAAUGACUGAAAGCACUGAUAUAUUUAAAAACAAAAGGCAAUUUAUUAAGGAAAUUUGUACCAUUUCAGUAAACCUGUCUGAAUGUACCUGUAUACGUUUCAAAAACACACCCCACUGAACCCCUGUAACCUAUUUAUUAUAUAAAGAGUUUGCCUUAUAAAUUUACAUAAAAAUGUCCGUUUGUGUCUUUUGUUGUAAAAUCAAGUGGUUUUUCAUAAGGUUCUUUUACUAUUUGAAAAGAUGGGCAGCACGCAGUUUCAUUUUAUUUUUGUAAGUUUUUUAAUACAUGUGAAAGCAAAGAAUACUCAGCAUGCCUUUCUAAGUGAUGCGUUUGCACCUUUUGUUGGGAAGUACUGUAUCCUGUGCUGUUAGCAUUCUCGAUAAAUCUCUCUGUGAAAGUGA